AAAGCCUCCUAAUGACACUAACAGUAUAUGAGUAUCGAGCUGCUCCUUGUAUUGAUACUUGAACUACUUCUGCAAGCUACUUCUCGUGUUGUAAGAUCUCACUAGCCCUCGCCUUGAUCUUCUGGACACCCAAUCUCGCCUCGUUACAGCACACAACAUGCCCGACCUCGAAUCAAUGCGCCGCCGACUAUCCAGUAUAGCAAAGCCUGUUCCAGAACUCACCACACCCCCAUCUCACACGCACCCUGACGCCCGCCUUCUCGACCCAGAUUUCUUCAAUAUCGGCGCGGACGACUUGACAUGGUUUCACGAGGUCAACCUUGCCGUUCGCCAUGAAAUGGCCAAAACCACCGUUGCAAACGACUAUAUGCACAUCCAGCGCGUCACCGUGUCAGCCUGGAAUCUAUACCAAUCUGACGCAUCCCAGCCAUGGGCGCGCAAUAUCGAUCCGCGCACCAUCGUCGUCGCAGCUAUGAUAUCCUCACUCGGUGCACCCAAAUACACUGAAGAGCGCGAGCAGAAUGAGAAGAAGUGCGGCUGCAGAAGACCAGAUAGCCCUGAUCUGAUGCAGCAUAUUGAAGAUCAUCUACUCUUUGGCUUCCUCCGGCGUCUGGACUGUCCACCUGAUGUUGCAGGCCCGGCAGCACUAAUCGCCAGUCUCGUCAGUUUCUCUCGCGAGGUUGGCGAUAAGGAGGAGAUUCGCAAACAGUGUGAAGCUUAUCCUGCACUAAGGUUUGUCCAGGAUGCAGUCAGGUUGGACGACUUAGGGUGUGUAGGGAUCGCGAGACUGGGCGCGCAGAACCAGCGGACAGUGCUCGAGAUGGUGUAUAGGAUGGAUGUGAGGUUGCUUCAUUAUAUGGGACUGAUGAAAACGAAGGGAGGCAGAAAGGAGGCGGAGAGAAGAUGGGCGCAAAUGAUGGAGUUCAGGGAGGGGCUGCUGUGUCAAACUGACUGCUCUAUGGGUCUGACGGAUGAUUAGAAAGUACUAUACCAACUCAUUGAUGCCACAAGAUCACUUGGACCUUCCUGUUGAAAAGAGAAAUGGUAAUUGUUAUGAAGUCCGAAUGCCGUAGAAGUAGGGGGAAUGCAUGUGCUGACAAUAGGACUUUCUCUGAUCUGGUGUAUAAGCAGUAGAUGGAUGCUCUGACAUAGCGCAAAGAGUGUGUGUCGUAAAGCCAAAGUCUGGCUGGUAGCGGAAAAUUGAGGAGGUCUUCAGUCAAGCUUUGGCGGCGACUUGAGAUAUUUGUAGUCGG